GGUAUGGAACAUGUAUGACUCUGUUAUCUCUCUUUCUCUUGGGACGUUUCUGUAAAAAUAAUUGUCAGACCAAAACCUUAUCGAUAGCUAUGGAAUCUGCCCGGUGUUCUUAUUUCAUCUUCUUUUAGAAUACGAUCUUGCUAUUGUUAUAUAUAUUGUUACACUGGUGCUUUCAUCCCUGAACAUGGUGGAAGGUACUCGUCUGAAGGAGUUAUCUGCCAACAUCACGAAGAUGAUGGAAAUGUUGGAAGAAGAUAAGCGUGAAAACAAUAUGAGAUUUGAAACACUUGAGGCUACGGUAAGCGCACUGUUGCAGAACACCAAAACGCCCGAUCCUGAAAAGGACCACGAACCUGGAAGACAUUCCAUAAGCAGCAGUUCAUAUCAUCAGCCAUUCCAGGUACGAAAUGUUAAACUGGAUUUUCCACGCUUUGAUGGAUCGGGAGUUCUCCAAUGGAUAUUUAGGGCAGAACAGUUCUUCGAUUAUUACGGUACACCAGAUGCUCACCGCCUCACCAUUGCUGCCAUUCAUAUGGAGAAAGAGAUAGUCCCCUGGUUCCAGAUGACUAAUAGAUCUACUCCAUUUCACUCCUGGAAGGAUCUAACUCGUGCCCUAGAACUUGAAUUUGGUCCAUCACCUUAUGAGAAUACUAGAUCGAUCUUAUUCAAACUCUCUCAAACAGGUUCAGUUCAUGAGUAUUACAGCCAGUUUACUGUUCUAGCCAAUCGAGUCCAGGGGGGUGACUAGUGAAGCUUUGUUGGAUUGCUUUGUCGGAGGUCUGAGAUUUGAUAUUCAAAGGGAGGUAAUCGCUCAAUCACCAACAACAUUACUCAGGUGUGUGUCAUUGGCAAAGCUAUUUGAAGAAAAAUAUAUCAAUACACACAAAUCGCAUCCACAUAGCUUCCAGAACCGUAUGAUGACUCAAGCAUCUCAUUCAAAUUCCAAUACCAGUUUACCUUCAUCCCAAUCCAUCAAAUCUACAAGUCUUCCUCCCUUACUACCUAAACCUGUCACAAACUUCAGCUCCACGUUCCAGAAAUCAGCAUGUAUCAAAAAAAUUUCACCAGCUGAAAUGCAAUUAAGGAGAGAGAAAGGGUUAUGUUAUACAUGUGAUGAGAAAUUUACUUCCUCUCAUAAAUGUCCCAACAAACAGUAUUUACUGUUGCACAUUGAUGAAGAAGAGAACUUGGAAAGUACACCUGAUUCCUCUAUUACCAGUGAGGUGGGCUUGGAACAGCUUAGCCUCGAACAUCAUCUGUCCUAUAAUGCUCUGAAAGGCUCUUCUGGCGUUGGUAUUAUGCGGUUUCAGGGAACGAUAAACGGAAUGGUGGUCCAGAUAUUACUGGACAGUGGAAGUUCUGACAAUUUUUUACAACCACGGAUUGCUAAAUGUUUGAAAUUACCAGUGGAACCUGCAUCAAAAUUACAGGUAUUAGUUGGGAAUGGCCACUCCUUGGUAGCUGAAGGGUUAGUGCAGCAACUGGAAGUUAAAGUGCAAGGUCAUUCUAUUCAGAUUCCGGUUUAUUUGUUGCCUAUUUCAGGUGCUGAUCUGGUUCUAGGAGCCACAUGGCUGGCCACCUUGGGUCCUCAUAUUUCGGAUUACAGCAAGCUCACAUUGAAGUUUUAUAAGGAAAAUCAAUUUAUAACUCUGUAUGGGGAUAAACCUACACUACCACGCCCUGCUCAGUUUAAUCAUCUUAUGAGAAUGUUUCGUACACAAAGCAUUGCCGAAGUCUCUAUACUACAACAGGGAGAGGCAGAAACACAUGAGGAUGUAGAGCUGGAAUUACCACCAGAUAUACCAAUAGAGAUGCAUGGGCUAGUUUGGAAAUACAAGAAGAUUUUUGAUAUACCAACUAAACUGCCUCCUUCACGCACUCAUAAUCACUCUAUACCAUUGGUAAAAGAUGCUAAACCAGUGAAAGUACGACCUUAUCGAUACCCACACAGUCAGAAACAGGAGAUUGAAAAAAUGGUGCAAGAUAUGUUGGAGGCAGGUAUUAUUACUCCUAGCACUAGUCCGUUUUCAUCACCUGUUAUUUUGGUCAGGAAGACUGAUGGUUCGUGGAGAUUUUGCACUGAUUAUAGGGCGUUGAAUGCCAUUACCAUUAAGGAUUCCUUUCCGAUUCCGACAGUUGAUGAGUUAUUGGAUGAACUAUAUGGCUCCAAGUAUUUCACCAAAUUGGACCUCAGAUCAGGAUAUCACCAAAUACUUGUCAAUAAGGAAGGAUAGACAUAAAACGGCUUUUAGAACACACCAUGGACACUAUGAAUGGGUAGUGAUGCCAUUUAGACUCACCAAUGCCCCAGCAACCUUCCAAGGCCUAAUGAACGAGGUUUUCAAAGGAUUUCUUCGCAAAUUUGUUCUGGUUUUUUUCGAUGAUAUAUUAAUAUAUAGCUCAACAUGGGAAGAGCAUAUGUCAUAUGUGGAAUCGGUCUUCACAAUACUUCACGAAAAUCAGUUAUAUGCCAAAAUAUCUAAAUGCUCAUUUGGAUUACAGCAAGUGGACUAUUUAGGACAUACAGUUUCUGCACAAGGGGUAUCAAUGGACAGGAAGAAGGUUCAUGCAGUGCUCGAUUGGCCGAAACCUAUUACUACCAAGCAGUUGAGGGGGUUUAUAGGGCUCACAGGGUAUUACAGAAGAUUUAUCCAAUCCUAUGCUAGCAUUGCUACACCACUGACAGACAUGUUAAAACAAGAUAAGUUUCAGUGGAGCGAAGAGGCAGAGGCAGCCUUUGCCAAGCUUAAAGAGGUGAUCACUCAAGCUCCAAUUUUGACCUUGCCAGACUUCUCUAAACCUUUUAUUUUAGAAACAGAUGCUUCAGGUACGGGUAUUGGGGCUGUACUAAGACAAGGAAAUCACCCCAUUGCUUACUUUUCUAAGAAACUGAAUGCUAGUAUGCAAAAACAGUCAGCUUACGCAAGGGAGUUUUAUGCUAUUACAGAGGCCAUAGCAAAGUUCAGACACUACUUGUUGGGUCACCGAUUCAUUAUUAGAACCGAUCAAAAGAGCCUUAGAUCCCUCACAGAUCAAGCCAUUAACACACCGGAGCAACAGAAAUGGUUGCAGAAGUUGUUGGGCUAUGAUUUUUCCAUUGAAUACAAACUGGGAAAAGAAAAUAUUGGUGCUGAUUCUCUCUCUCGCUCCUUCUUGUUGGCCUUAUCUCAACCUAAAUUGCAACUCUUAACAGAUUUGAGGGCAGCCUUGUUAGAAGAUGCACAGUUGAAAACUAUUCUACAACUUUGUUCACAAAACCAGCAGCCAGAUCCUAAUUAUUCAGUUUCUGAUCGAUUAUUAUAUUGGAAGGGCAGAUUGGUGUUACCUAAGGGCCAUGAAUUGGUGCACAACGUGAUGAGUGAGUUUCACAGUACUCCAGUGGGCGGCCAUUCGGGUGUUACCAGAACUUCUAAACGCAUUGCAUCUCAAUUUUAUUGGCCAGGAAUGCAGCAGGACAUCAAGGAUUUUGUGAGAAAUUGUCUUCUGUGCCAACAAGCUAAGCAUGACAACUCCUUACCGUCAGGAUUACUGGAACCAUUACCUAUUCCAGCACUUAUAUGGGAAGAUGUGGCAAUGGAUUUCAUCACUGGACUUCCUUCUUCUAAUGGAUAUACUGUCAUUAUGGUAGUUAUUGACAGAUUGUCCAAAUAUGCUCAUUUGGCUAGUUUAAAAUCAGAUUUUAAUAGCAAACAGGUGGCUGAAUUGUUCAUUAAAACUGUAGUUAAGUUGCAUGGUUUUCCCAAGACCAUAAUAUCUGAUCGUGAUAAGGUUUUUACUAGUCAAUUUUGGCAGCAUAUGUUUAAGUUGAGUGGCACUACCUUGAAGUUAAGCACAGCUUAUCAUCCUCAAACCGAUGGUCAAUCGGAAGCUUUGAAUAAAUGCAUUGAAAUGUAUUUACGUUGCUUUACUUUUGCUAAUCCUAAGGAGUGGUGUAAGUUACUUCCUUGGGUGGAGUAUUGGUAUAAUUCUUCUUUUCAUCACAGCACUGGCAUAACCCCUUUCAAAGCUGUAUAUGGCCGUGAACCUCCUUCUCUGUUUCGAUAUACAUUCAAUCAUCAAGAUCCUCCUAGUGUUCAAAAACAACUUGAAGAAAGGGAUGCCAUCCUCAGUCAAUUAAAGGACAACUUGCAGAAGGCACAACAACACAUGAAAAAAUAUGCCGAUCUCAGAAGGAAACCCUUUGAAAUGGAAGUUGGUGAUUUGGCCUUGGUUAAGCUUCAACCUUAUAGGCAGCAUUCUGUAGCCUUAAGGAAGAAUCAGAAACUUGGUCUUCGAUACUUUGGUCCCUUUCCAGUGAUACAACGAAUUGGUGAAGUCGCUUACAAACUCCUUUUACCUCCAUCGGCUAGAAUUCACCCUGUUUUUCAUUGUUCCCAGUUGAAACCAUGUAAAGGGGACCAUGCUACCUCUUAUGUUCCACUGCCAAUUACUACUUCAGAGUUCGGACUAACAUUGCAACCCGAAGCUAUCUUACAGUCAAGGGUUGUUAUCAGAAAUCAACAACAAGUUCCACCAGGGCUCAUCAAAUGGGAAGGACUGGAAGAACAUGAAGCUACUUGGGAGGACAUUAAAGCUAUGCAGUCAGCCUUUCCCGACUUCAACCUUGAGGACAAGGUUUCUUUUAAAGGGGGAGGUAAUGUAACGAGAGCAGUUAAUAGGGAAAAUGCAGAGGAAAAUGAUGGGGCCCAGGAGAAUAAUCAAGUGGCAAUUAACGGAGGGGAAAGACGGAGUACUCGCACCAAAAUAACAAACACGAUGUUGAAGGAUUAUGUGUGGUCCCAUUAAUAGUAUAAAUACUUAUUUUAUAUGUUAUCAAAUGGUAUGGAACAUGUAUGACUCUGUUAUCUCUCUUUCUCUUGGGACUUUUCUGUAAAAAUAAUUGUCAGACCAAAACCUUAUCGAUAGCUAUGGAAUCUGCCCGGUGUUCUUAUUUCAUCUUCUUUUAGAAUA